UCCCUCAGCUGCGCCCGCCCCCCGUCGGUCCCACUCUUUGCCCCGGCUCCUCCCUCGUCGCUUGGUUACGGCGUCGCUUCCGUCCCUGGGGACCGACCGACAUGGCGGCGGCCACCACAGCCUUCUCCUUCGCCUCCUCCUCCUCCUCGGCCUUGCUGCGCCCGGGCUUGGCGCCGCUGAGGCGUUGGCGAGCCCUCACCGGCCCGGCGCCGCGGGCCGCCUGCAGCGCCAGCAGCUCCCCCUGCAGUGCCGACAGUGAUGAAGCAACAGUUAUCUCAGGGACAAAGCUUGCCAACCAAGUGUUGCAAGAAGUUCAAAGGGAUGUGGAAUCGUGGGUAUCCGUUGGGAACAAGAGACCUCAUCUCACUGUCAUAUUGGUAGGGGACAAUCCAGCCAGUCAUAUCUAUGUCAGGAACAAGAUAAAAGCAGCUGCAGCUGUGGGCAUUUCUAGUGAGAUCAUUGUGAGGCCUAAAGACAUUUCUGAGGAAGAGCUCUUAGAUCUGACAGUGCAACUCAACAAGGACUCGAGAGUCAGUGGUUUGUUAGUUCAGCUUCCUCUGCCAGAUCACAUAGAUGAACGGAGAGUUUGCAACGCCAUCGCCCCGGAGAAGGAUGUGGAUGGAUUCCAUAUCAUGAAUAUUGGACGUCUGUGUCUCGAUCAGCCUUCCAUAAUUCCUGCCACUGCUGCUGCCGUGUGGGAAAUCAUAAAACGGACAGUGUUGCAGGGAACUUUCUGUGCUCUUGUGUACCUCCUGAUUAUUUGUGAAAUAGAAGGAAUACCCACAUUUGGAAAAAACGUAGUUGUAGCUGGAAGAUCUAAGAAUGUUGGCAUGCCUGUCUCAAUGCUGUUACAUACUGAUGGGGAGCACGAAAGGCCUGGAGGUGAUGCCACAGUGACCAUUACUCACAGAUACACCCCAAAAGAGCAGCUCAAGAUCCACACGCAGCUCGCUGACAUAGUAAUAGUAGCUGCAGGUGUCCCAAAGCUGAUUACUACUGAUAUGGUCAAAGAAGGUGCAGCUGUGAUUGAUGUAGGCAUCAACCAUAUCCAUGAUCCUCUUACAGGAAAAACCAAAUUAGUUGGGGAUGUGGACUUUGAAGAAGUGAAGAAGAAGGCUGGCUUUAUCACUCCGGUGCCGGGAGGGGUAGGACCUAUGACUGUUGCAAUGCUUCUGAAGAACACACUCCUAGUUGCUAAAAAGCUCAUUUACUAGAGGAAAUGGUCUACCUUGGAAGAAGAAUCUGGGUUGUUCUAUUUAUUGAUACACAAAAUGUCUAUUUUUUACUACAAAUAUAUUUAUUUCUGCGUUGUAUUUAUUUUUUCAUGUCAAGUAUGCUAAACCUGAUGGUUUACAAAAUGUUGAAAUACUUUGUGUUACCUCCUCCUAGCAUAUUGUAUGCAAAAAUGAGUUUGAGAAUGCAGCCUACACAGUUAUGUUGUAUGUGUUUGGGAAUGAAGAAAGAAGCAUGAAUUACACCUGUACACAUGCACUGGUGCAGUUACUAAGGGCUUGUAAGCACUUGGGACCCUCAGGUUUGAUCAAAUAGUGUGAAAACUGAGUUUCAACAUGCGAGAUAUCUUUUAAAUGUAUGAUUCGAGUUCUGAGGUCACAAAGCACUCUGGAUGUAGUUCGAAGUCUUGAAAUAUUUUUUUGUUGUAAACAGAGCUAGCAGCAGGAAUCUCAGUUGCAAAAGGAGUGAGAGACUGCAAUGUUUGUGUCAGCUGCCAGGCAGUAAUGUUGACAUGAAUGCAAAUGUUCAGUAAAUGUUUUAAAAUAGCCAAGUAAACUUGAAUGCUGGUGAAAUUCUGAUUUUAAACAUCUGCAAGAGGUAAGCAUGAAUAAGUAGGUAGAAUGGAGGCCUGAAUUAUUUUAUUUUCAUAUCUGGACAAAAUGUUUUGGUGCGUAAUCUCCUCAUCUCACAAAAAAACCUCCCAAACUGAACAGCUGACUGGGCUGGAUUUGACUUAAAUUAGAUGAAAUGUAGUUGAUGUUACGGUGUAUGUACAGUAUAGUGGGGCAGUGGGUGAAGAGGAAGAGCAAACCAAAACUUCAUCCAUGACAGAAUAUUUGUGUUGGAAUUUAAAGCCAUUUAAUUAUAUUAUCUUAUUUUCUGGAGCUGCAUGACAAGGCUUUUUUUUUUUAUUCCAUGUUGUAAGGCUUGGCUUCAAUGGCCACAGUGUUUUGCUGCUUAAAGAGGACUAUAUGGGAUAAGAUCAGUAUGUUUCUAUUCCCAAAACUUUAGUUGCUGGAUGGAUCUAGCACAGUCUCAUGCAGUGUACAAGUUGGAGUGGAGUUAAUGCUGAGAUGCCUGUUCAGCUGAGCGUGUGCACUGUUGGGACUUUUUAUCUUCGUGUUUUUGUCUCAUUUGGGAUAACUUUGUUUUAUUUUCAUCAAGAGCCUUAGAUGUUUGCUGGUGGUCUAUAGAUAACUUGAAAGAGGAAAGAAAAAAUUGUGGCUAAAUACUAUUGUAUUAAGCAGAAAAAUGCACUUACUGUAAUAAAAGAGCCAAGGUGGAGCAUCCCUUCCAUGCUGACUGUUCUUGUGAUGGGCUUUCUGAGAGUUUGCCUUAAUGCAGUGUUUGCAAAAGUUUGACAGAAUUAUUACUAAAUAUACAAUGGCAAUAGUGCAGACACUUGUCUAUUUAAAUUUAAGUGGUAAUAUAAAUGUUAGGAGAGUCAAGGCGCCUAUAGAGACUAUGCUUGGACUGAUCAACCCAUGACUGAAAGACGGAAUAAAACUUGUUCACUGUUUCCUUA